UUAGCUUCGAGUCUGAUGGAGAAGGGAGUUGUAAGAUGGGUAGUGGACAUAUCAAAAUGGAACCCAAUACCCCAUCACUUCUCUUCUGCUCUUUCUCUUCUUCCUCAUCAUCAACACUCCUCCAUCACCAGAUUUGUGAAAAUGGAAGAUAGGAAACGAGCACUUGUAAGUAGGUUGCUUCAAAAUGCUCUGGUUCAUGAAGUGUUGGGCAUUCCAGUUGAUGAGAUUAUCAUAAAGCGCACGAUUGAAGGCAAGCCCUAUUUGGAAUGUGAUAAAGUUGGCAUGGAAUUUCCCAAUUUUAAUUUCAAUGUGUCCCAUCAUGGUAACUAUGUGGCAAUAGCAUCUGAACCUCUUUGCCUGGUGGGCUUGGACAUUGUUUCCUGUAUCAUUCCUUGCAGAGAGACAGUUCCACAAUUUGUUCAAAACUUUUCCUCAUAUUUUUCAAGUUUGGAAUGGGAUGAAAUAAUUAAUGCGGGCUCCUGUGAUGAAAUCCUGAUUGAGUUUUACAGAUAUUGGUGUCUUAAAGAAGCAUAUGUCAAAGCCAUAGGGAGUGGAGUGGCAUACAGAUUGGACAAAGUGGAGUUUCAUCAUACUGACUGGACAAACAUAUCUGUUAAAAUUGAUGGAGAGGCAAUGACAGAGUGGAGGUUUUGGCUUUUUGAGUUGGGAAGAAGACAUUGGGUAUCUAUUGCGAAAGGUCACCCAAGAUCAGCCACUGAAAAUUACAAGAGAACACUAGCAAGGAUAGAUUUUAAUGAAGAGAACUAUAAUGAGGAUCUUCAUCUUCCAAAUGCACCUUUUGUCAUGCGAACAGUAGAACAACUUGUAUCACUCUUACAGAAUGCAAAUGGGAUACCAGAUGCUUACACGACAUGUUGAAACGGAAGGGGAUUACAAAAGGGACAAAAAUGGACAUUGUGAUUGUAAUAUAGACAAAGUAAAAUAAAAAACAUUUCAAUUGGUAUUCUUAAAUGUCCGGAUCUGUCAAAAUAUCUGGUUCCAUGGCUUCUAUGCAGAGCUCUGCUGGCCAACUGGAGUGUGGCUGGUUCAGGACUGGGCGACUGGCAUUCCGUCGUCCCAUAAAGAAGCAGGAAUAACUAAGUGUAUUGUAAAAGGUAACUCUUGCAAACACAGAAGUAGGAGAACUGUAAAUGUUUUGCUCAUUGCAAAAACUUGACACAAUCCCUUGUAAAUGUUUUGCUCAUUGCAAAAACUUGACACAAUCCCUUGUAAAUGUUGCUGCAAAACAGCUUAAUUUCAUAUAUAAAUUGCUGAAAGCCAUUUUCAGUUUUAUA